UCAUAAAAAAAUUAAUAACCCAGUGGAGAUGGUGUGAACCAUAAGAAAUUGUUUAGAGAAAGCAGAGAGGAUUGAACCCUGCGGGUAACGUUACUUCGAUUGCAAUUGCAGAUCCAAUUUUUCGAGGGUAAUGUCUCCUUUAACAGGCUUAACAUGGCAACUCUUAGAAAUCUGAAAAUCAAGAUGUCUACUUGCAAACGUAUCGUUAAGGAGAUGCAUUCCUAUGAGAAAGAGGUUGAGAGAGAAGCUGCAAAGACUGCUGAUAUGAAGGAGAAAGGAGCUGAUCCUUAUGACCUUAAGCAGCAGGAAAAUGUGCUGGCUGAAUCCAGGAUGAUGAUUCCUGAUUGUCACAAGCGCCUGGAGGCUGCAUUGGCUGACCUAAAGGGAACCUUGGCUGAGUUGGAGGAGUCAAACCAGAAAGAAGGCCCAGAAAUUGAUGAAGCUCGAAGCACCAUAACUGAGGUUGAACAGUCGUUUCAAACAACAGAUGUUUAGUCAAUCUGAUAUUGUAAACAACUUAUGUGGGUGUUGAAGUACUUCUGUGAUUGGUUUUGGAACACUUUUUUGUUUUCGAAGUCUUCACUUGUCUCUGUUAUUUGCUUAAGAAAAUUAUAUGGAAUCCACAAAUUUGAGCCAUCACCAAUGUUUGUUUCUCGCUGGACAAAGCAAUCUGGUUUAUGAUCUCUCUC